CCGCAUCCGAAUGCAGGUCAAAGAAGGAAUUUGUAUAGGAAAAUGUUGACGUGAUACUCGCUUAUUGGAAGCCGAGAACACCUCUGCACUUCCACGAGAAAUCACUGGGAUGUUGGAGAAAGGGCAAGUAACCACACCGGAAAAAUACUACAUUUUAUCCUCCGAUGAGAUUUACGAAGUUCGCGACUCAAAUGCACCGUAUGUAACUGGAUUUUCGUUCCCCUUAGUCGAACCGGAGGAAGUCGAGAGACUCGAGAAUUCGGUCUCUCAAAACGAUCGCAUCCGCGAGGAAUAUGUAAACUUUUUGACUCGCAAGAAACCUGCUGGAAUGUCGAUAGUUCAAUUUCUUCCAAUGGUUUUCUCGGACGAAGCUCUGGAUGGAUAUAAUUACAACGGAUCUAAUGCGCUCGGAAAAUGCAAAUUGCCCAUGAAAGGGUAUGACAUAUUUUCGCACUGCUUUAUUGACAUUGAAUUUACCUGCGAUGAUUCUGUCACAUAGCUGAAGCGAGAUUUUUAUGUUUUGACCGGUCCUGGCCAAAAAUGAGACCCCCUCCCCACAAAAAGGGGAGAAUCAUGUGAAGACAAGCUGUUAUUGUAUCUUUUAGUGUUGCUUACACUCUUGAUGUUACAUUAAAGAGAUUUCAAAUAAGGUAAUUUAACGUCGUUAUAAACCUAUUUUAGUAUUGUAGGGGAAAACGACAUGUUUCUGACAUUUUACGUAGAUCAGACACCUGCCAAACGAUUUCUAAGACUUUUUUCUCAAUAUAAGACAUAAUUUGACUACCACUUUUAGAAAUUAGCGCAUUACGAUCAAUGAUUAUCAUACUCCAUAUUAUUUUGCUUUGUGGAAUAUAUUAAAACCAUACCAAAACCGUUUUCGUAGAAUCAUCGUUUUGUGCCCAAUUUUUGUUCGAUUUAAGAUCUGUUUUUUUUAA